GGGAAGGAGGGGUGGUGAAAUAUUGCUACCGUCCAGUAUUAUGAUAAUUACUGCAAUGCACAGCAGGCUGCACAUGCACACACACAAGGUUUUGUCAAGCCUUAUACUAGCAUGGCAGUGUGCGUCCGUCAGGUUCAUCUUUGUUUGCAAUCAAAAUAUUACGUAAAUCUCAAUAAUAUAAGUCUAACCAGUCUCCAGCAAGUUUAGUUUAGUGUGUUUUCAUUGUCCAAAGCUACUGUAUAAUCUCGCAUUGGGGUACCAACCAAAGUGGAACGGUACCAAAAUCAUACCUGUCAACAUUUGCAUUUGAAAAUAAGAGAUUUUUUUUCUGCAAAAUAAGGGGAAAUAAAGGAAAUUUUAUUGCUGAGCAGACUGGAAGGGUGGGAGUUGCCUACAUUGCCCUCGCUGUGUUGCUCCAGCAGUACCGAAGAGGAUUUUUUUUUUUUUUUAAUGUAAGCACCAGGAAAGAAGGGCCAAAUACGGGAGUUUCCUGGGGAAAACAGGAGGGUUGAUACGUAUGACCUAAAUGGUGGCUCUAGAAACAAAGGAGUCCCCUAAUUGGAAGAUAAUUCACUUUUUAUUCAAUAAUUCCUUUCUUUUUGUGGCAAGAAAAAAAGCACACACAAUGCUCAAUGCCUUCCAUUGUUGACCUGUGUUUAUCGUGUUUUGCAUUUACUGUUCCAAACCAUGACAAACGGAAGGGAACCGUACCAAUUGGCUCAAAUGUAAGUGUACUGUAUUGUUUGGUAUGAAGAGUGGCGGCGUAUCGAUGGUCGGUAUGGUAGUUUUAACUAUAUAUUACUCCCUAUAUUUGUCAGUCUCAGACCACACUUGAUUUAUGUUGCUGGAAUGGUUGUUAAUAUUUAACAUUUGAGGGAGCUUGUGUUGAGAGAAAAGAUGAUUUGUAUUCCUUGAAUGCAAGUAACUGGGUACAUAGGAGUUGCCAGGUAUAGCAGAGGACGAGGAUUAAAAAAAAAACUGUAUAUAAUAAACGCGUGGUGUUCAGUUGCAGUGAUGACAGACAAUCAUAGAACAAGGCAGGCAUCUGAGUCAAAAAGAGGUAAAAUAACACAAGCUGUAUGGAUGAAAGUGACUGAAAAUGAGUUUGUCAAGAGGAGCAGAUAGUCCACCGCUCUUCACUGAGUUUUAGAUGUUUCACACAGCAAGUAAGAUGACGGAUGCGCUGCUCAAGUCCAUUUGAAUCCAUCGGCAGUGGCAGUGGCAGUUUAAUGGGACAGUAUGAUGUGCAAACAUGAGAGGAGACACAAGGGAGAUAACCCAAGCAGCAGUCUUGUGCGCUAUUCCCAGCAGUGUGUCUUAAUUCACUCAGCAAUCACGCCACCAGAAGUUUUUGCAGUGUUUUCAUCAUCAGCGGGUGGGGGAAAAAAGCUUAUUUCUCUCUCGGCUAUAUAAGACAAGGAAGAGUAUUGCUGCGAGAUGGAAAUAGAUCAUGAAAAACAGAAGCUGAAAUGAUUUCCAAGUCACACAGCCACUUACAGCGUGGCGGAACACUCAGAGACGAGUGACGAUGUCAAACAGACUGAAGUGGAAGGGAUGGCGAAUAGUGAUAACAUAAUUCAGAGUACGUAGACAUCUAAGGCCAGCGCCAGACUUGUUCACAUUUAACAAGGAGGUUUUGGGGGAUAGGAAAGUGCUGAUCGUCUUUAUUUUCCCACAAGAUAUCUAGUUAGCUUAGAAAGAAGCAAUGCAUAUUUUUAAUAAAGUGCAUACACCACCCACAUUCAUCCCCAACAAGUCAACCCCUGGGACCUCAGGAGUUUUUGUUUGCCUUUCUGAAGUGUCUCGCGCUGACAAAAGUUAGGAAAGAAAGUGAUUUCAACUGUUCCCUAAACUGCGAUACUCCACCACCAAGCUCGCUCAUGUUAUUGUCGCAUUGCGUGUGUGCUGCUUUGGGUGUUCUGUUUUGGAGCCAUCAUCCUGCAGGCUGAAUGAAUGAAACAUGCAUGUCCAGUCUGCCUCUUCUCAGCUUCACACCCAAGCUAAACAUUUCCAGCAACACCUAGUGGACUAGAUUUGCUGUUGCAUCAUCUUUGUGGACAUUAAUGUCAUGGCACUGUGUACAUGCAUUUCUAUUCAUAACCCUUAACGACCGUGUGCGAUAAGAUGAAUUACUGAGACAAUACUAGUGCGGGGCGGUUGCUUUUUUUUUUUCCAGUGUAGAUAAUUAGGACUCUAUUUAAAGAGGGGCAGCCCAGGAAAUACACAGGAGAUCCUCACUUCAUUAAAAAUCAAUUAUAAUAACACAUGUGCUGGUGCAAUAUAGCCCUCAUGGCCACAAUCAGCUUGCACACGUGCACACAGUUAACACUACAGCUAUUUGGCCUUGUUAUUUCUGAAGUUGUCUUUCUCUUUCUCUCCCUCAUGAGAUUGAGACUGAUCCUCCUCUUAGCUGAGGAAUCGCCAGCAUUGCAGUCCUGCUCUUACAUAACCUCAGGAUAACACUUACACUCGCGCUGGUCAACGAAGCUGUCAGUCAUUCACCUCAGACUACCUUCCUUCUCAGUGGAGGAGAGCACAUUUUUCUCCAACAGCAGAAUGCAAACUUCCAGGAAGCAGGAACAGCACCGAACUGUGCAGCUUUGUCCAGAUCCAUCUACUAUAAAUGCCUGAAUGUUGGCUAUUUCCACUCAAACAUGGAUCUUUUCAAAAACACACAUUUCCUCCACUCUAGUGUUAAAAAAAUUUCCAUUCAAAUGGAGUUAAAAAAAGAAAUCUGUCCACAUAAAAAACACCGUCUGCAUUUUAGCCAAUCAGAAGCCUAAAAUGCUACCAUUGAUCACACAUUAUAACGCAUCUGCUUAUCAAUAUAGUGGUAUUAGAUACACAAUGACGUGUACAUUAUCUUUUAAAUCACACUUUAUGGAACAUUGUGAAUGUUUUUUUUAAAUCUCCAGUGCACGUUAUAAGGCACAUGCAGGUGCAAAUGAAAACAAGACCUGUAAGACAAAAAUGUCAUAAAUAAGGUUUAAACACAUAAGAUAAUGUCCCACAAUUUUUUGACCGAACCAAAAAGAUCUGUUUUAGCCGCCCACAUACAAACACUGACGUUGGAGUUUUUUUGAAAAUCUACACUCCAGCCAGAGUUUUCAAAAGAUGAGUUUUUAAGGACAAAAACCUAAGUUUGCACGAGGAUGAGAGGCCAAAGCGCAUCGAUAAACGUGUUUUAAAAAUCUCUGUAUUUGUGUGGAUAUGGCUUUAAAGAUGAAGGAAAAUGUUGAAAAAUGCCCUUUCAUUUUGUUAAAAUGAAAACUAAAUUGUGCUAGUCUGACACGACAGUAGCAUUAAAUAAGUUCUUCCUUGGUCCUUCACAAAGUUUCAGCGGGGUAGUUUUUUGUUUAGUCCUGCUAACUAAUUUAACAAAAACAUACAGCAAUGGCAACAUAAUCUCCUUGGUGGAGGAUAAAAAGCAGAUUUACAGACUACUGUUUCUUUUUUCGAUAUGUAGAUGUCUGUGAGGAGCGGUUUGGAGAAGAGCCAUGUUCAUUUUUUGGCCUAAAGUUUCCCUCUAUUUUAGUAAUGCACUUACUAACUUUUCAAAUAAGAAGCUCCCUUUGGGCACACAAAAAUCUUAAUUCUGAUAUAAUCCACCAGUGCAGCUCAAGUACAACAAGGCAGAACCUGAAAGCAAAUAUUGUUUUUAUAGGAAGAAGUGGGAGUCAUUUGCUUAACAAUCCCUAAGACCUCAGUAGCUGUGAUAGAGAGCGACAGAAAGGGGAGGCGGCAAACAGGACAUGCAGUGACAUCACUUCCUUUAAGAGUGUGACAGCUUAGCACAUCAUUGCCGUGACAGCCAGACGAGUGCAGCGAGUGGGUGGUCACCCUGGCAACAGCAAUGCUGUCAUGACCGUCUCUCUGUAUCCUACCUGACAGUCCCCACAGGCAAUGAGCGCAGCACACACGCACAAUUUCGACAAUGCUCACACCCACACAUACAUUUGCAAAUAUGCACACGUGCUAUACACCUUCCUCGUGUCUUUAUUUGUGGAAAAACUUACUCAAACGCUCACUGAAACAAUGCACAUGCCCACACGCCUGUGCUCCUUUGGGCAUAAUUAUGUAGUACAAAGAGGAGUACAAUCUCCCAUGGGGUAGGAAGACAUACAGUGAAUAUAGAUAUACUGUAAUCACUGGAGCAGAGCUGUCAACACAUCCUCACCCGUGGUAGAAGAGAGCCUUUGCAGGACAUAAACACAAAUGUUAUGUACUGUAUAUCCACAUCACAGCAUGAUAAACUGUAUCUUAAGAUUAAGGGAAGACAAAUGGAAACACCAAACACUGAUUCAGAUGAGACUCAUCUGUUACUAACAGUUCUGUAUGGUCGUGGAGACAGCUGACCUGCUUAGAGGCUAUUAAUACAGCAUCUUACAGGCCAGUUUUAUUGACUUCCACACAUAUGUGUAGUCUGUGUAGUGUAUCAUCCCAGUCCACGCUCUGCUCUGACCCAUUUUGGAGCCAGUUGGGCAGGAAUGGGUGGAAAUGGGUCAGGACUUUGGCGGCACCACAACUCGCAGCAUGAGCAAUGCUAGAUUUAGCAAAAUUAUGCAGUCUUCCAUGAUAUGGUGACAGCCGUCAUCAAAGUAAGGGGGAAAUUUAGAUGUUUUUGAAAUUUUCUUUUAUUUAAAUAUGCUACGUGUAGGGGUGCAUCGCUCACAUGUAUCUAUUUCAAACCACUCAGCACGGGGUUCUCGAUUCGAUAGCAGUAGUAAUCAAAUGAUAUUGUAAACCGAGUCACAAAUGCAACAUGACAUCAGUCAGCUGACAUCAAGGUCCCGCCUUAACUCACUGUUGCUCCACCGCAGCAAAAAUGAAGUCCCCGCAGGUAGAAGCAAUCAGCGGCUUCUGUGUUGGCUGGUGGCCGACGGCAUCUCAAGCGGCAUACAAAAUUGCAUUUAAAAUCUUUAUUUUCCAAAUUAUUGCUAAAAAUUCGGUACGGUAAGAUGCAUAUACACACAAUAAAAGUCCUCAUUGCAUUUGUAGUGGCCAAUUCCAUAGUUUAAGUGAAAUACUAUUAAAUCUAUAAACAGAUCUAUUGAUAAAUUAUGUGUAAUUAUGUUGAUUUGAAUUGUGCUAUUUUAGUUUGAUAUGGUUCUAAACAAAUGUUGGUCAUUUAAAUAAAAUACUGGGUAAAUAAAGCAUGAAAAUGUCUUUCUUGUAUUGAAAAAUAUUGAACAGUAACACUAAAGUAUUGAAUCAAAUUGAAUUUUCUGUGUCUGUAUCGCACCCGUAGUCACUUCAUAAAUGUUAAGAUAAAUAAAGGUUCAAUAAUAAGGUUGCUUUAAUCAAAUUAAGAAUGUCUGAGACUACUUACACCCACCUUUCAAAAAACCAGAAUGGAUCAUUCCAGGACUUUCAGUUUUUUGGUCACUUGGGGAUGAUAAAUAGGCAAGUGGAUGAACAAGAGGUGUCUGAGAGUUUACAAUAGGGAUUCCAAAAUGUUAAAUGUAAACGUAUGUCGUGCAUCACACUCAUGUAAAAUGAAAGCGUCGCUCAAUUACACACCAGAGUUGGAGCAAAAAAAACUCCUGCUGUCUGGAAAUACUAAGUCGUUUAGUGAUCCGCAUAUGGGAUCAUCCAAUUAUACAUGCUGCACAAUGCACACUCAUUCAUCCACACAGCUGUUUAAGUUGUGAGCUCGUGUACAUUUAAACAUGCUGUAUAAAUAACCGUCUGCAUUAAUAAAAUGUUGGAGCACUGACACACUCGUGAGCCACUUCGUCACAAUGUGAGGUAGAUAUCAUUACAAUAUUUUGGUUACCCGAUCGAGGUUCCUGUAUAUUAGGAGUAAAGCAUGACUCCCUCAGGCAGAGCACGUCUACAUCCCUGGAAACUCCUAACAUAUGACAAAUGAAUACCUCUCUGACAAGAAUGGCUGAAUUAUUGACACAGCUCUUGUUUUGGAUCUCAUUAUAAUGUGCAUGUGUACCUAAUGUUGUGGUCACAUUUACAAAUAAAAGCUAUUUCAGCAAAAGCUGUCUAAACAAUAUGCAAUGCAUUCAGUUUGUAAUGCAGGAAGAGACCUCCUAUAAACUAUAGUUGGACAGAAAUUAGUUUUUUAUUUUUUGUGCAGAAGAGUUAAGUAUAAUUCAAUCUGCAUCUAAAUAGGGAAACAGUAAUGUCUAUUUGAGCUACUCAUGGAUUUGCUGAAUUUGUUACUGAAAUAUGCAUGGGGCUUCCAGGUGUACGGCUUUCUUAGCUCAGACUAAGACGGUGUUCAGCAGAUCCAGCUCGCUGGGAAAUAAUUUAGGAUUAGAUAGGCUGUAUAAUCUCUUUACACAGUGUGCCAUCUCAGCAGACACACCUGCCUAUCUCUGGCUACAUCUAUCACUUAACUGGAACGGCAGCGUUCUCUUUCCGUAGACUAUGGAUGAUAGGCUCAAAUACACAAGCGACAGGUGCGCUUAGAUGUUACAUUGAAACAGCUUCUGUUUUUUAUAUGCUGUACAUGGAGCUGCCGAUACACACCCAAAUCGAAGUUAUACCAUGCAAAAUUUGCGGAGACAAAUCGUCAGGUAUCCACUAUGGAGUCAUCACAUGUGAGGGGUGUAAGGGAUUCUUCAGAAGGAGUCAGCAGAACAAUGCGUCCUACUCCUGCCCCCGCCAGAGGAACUGCCUCAUCGACAGAACAAACCGCAACCGAUGUCAACACUGCCGCCUGCAGAAAUGUCUUGCCCUAGGAAUGUCCAGAGAUGCUGUUAAGUUUGGCCGCAUGUCCAAGAAACAACGUGACAGUCUGUACGCGGAGGUCCAGAAGCACCAAGCACGACUGCAGGAGCAGCGGCAGCAACAGACAGGGGAAGCGGAAGCUUUGGCGCGUGUUUACUCAUCUAGCCUAACCAAUGGACUGUCAACUCUCAACCACGAGAUUGGGGGAACCUAUGCCAACGGUCAUGUUAUUGAGCUGCCUAAAGGUGGCCAUGUCAAUGGAGGUGGCCUUCCAGGUGGAUACUAUGGGAUGGAUUCCACCCAGCCGUCUCCAGACCAGUCAGGUUUGGACAUGUCAGGCAUGAAGCACAUUAAACAGGAGCCAGUGUAUGACCUGACGCCAGUACCCAACCUGUUCAGCUAUGGAGGCUACCAGGACAGUCAGCUGGGACACAACAAUGUCAGCAUGGGAGAACUAGACCGCAUUGCUCAGAAUAUCAUCAAGUCUCAUCUGGAGACAUGUCAGUACACCACAGAGGAGCUGCAGCAGCUGGCCUGGCAGACACACUCCUAUGAGGAGGUCAAAAUGUAUCAGAGCAAGCCUCGGGACGUGUUAUGGCAGCAGUGUGCCAUUCAGAUCACACACGCGAUCCAGUAUGUGGUGGAGUUCGCCAAGCGCAUCUCAGGGUUUAUGGAGCUCUGUCAAAAUGACCAGAUCCUCCUGCUCAAAUCAGGUUGUUUAGAGGUCGUCCUGGUGAGGAUGUGCCGGGCCUUCAAUCCUCUCAACAACACAGUGCUCUUUGAGGGCAAGUAUGGAGGCAUGCAGAUGUUCAAAGCUCUAGGUUGCGAUGACUUAGUGAGCGCGGUGUUUGACUUUGCCAAGAGUUUGUGUUCCCUGCAACUGACAGAGGAGGAGAUCGCUCUCUUCUCGGCAGCUGUCCUCAUUUCCACAGAUCGUCCGUGGCUAAUGGAGCCCCGCAAAGUCCAAAAGCUCCAGGAGAAGAUCUACUUUGCCCUGCAGCACAUUAUGCAGAAGAACCACAUGGACGAAGAUGCAUUGGCUAAGCUCAUCAGUCGUAUCCCGACACUGUCGGCUCUGUGUACGCUCCACACUGAGGAGCUCCAAGCCUUUCAGCAGCUUCAUCCAGAAACAGUCAACGUACUCUUCCCUCCACUCUAUAAAGAACUCUUCAACCCUGACCCGAACUCUGCCAUGGCCAUGCCCAAGUGACUGCAACAAACAACGUCAGUGGAGGACCAAGAAACAAAAGUGAUGUUUGACAAUACAACAUUGGCACUAUCUACUAUGUCCUCAUCAGAUUCCGUAGCUCUCCCCGGCUCAUGUGAGAUCGGGGAGGCGAGGGCUCACCUGCCAGAAACUUACAGUUACCGCCAACAAUACUAGGAAUGUCCAGCACUUAUCCCAUCCUGUUCACCGAUACAGUCUGAAGAAUGUAUAUAUAAAAGAAACACGCCCGAGCCACAACCUUAGCGGGAGCGUCCGACUGUCUCCUGACCUGAACUGACUGACCAGAAAUGUACAGACUUUAAAAAUCUAGGAACAUUUUAUGCUGUCAAUCUUAAAAUAUGGGUAAGUUAAAUUUCUUUUCAAUUAAAAAAAAAACUUUAUGUUGGUUUUGCUCCAAGAUGAAGAAAUUGUUUUAAAACGCUGGAUGGGGGAGGGAACGGUGGAAUUAGAGAAGCUAUUGUAGAUAUUCUUCUAGAACAGGGCGGAUUCCAGUAUUACUUCUGUUAAAAUAAGUUAGUCCUAAUUUAAAUACACAGUCAGUUGUGGCUGAUUAUUCCUUGUCUAUGUGUUUUUAUUUGAACUGACGGUUUCUUGUGUACAGAAUUUGUAAAGUUUAGAUUUGUAAAGGAAUAUGGCUAAAACUGGGAGUCAAUCUGGGUUUGCUGAUGUAUAGAAGCCUUGUCUGGAUUUUGUUAAUAUGUCAAGAAGGAACAGCAUCCUUCUUUUGCAAACUUAUAAAGAUGUAAAGAGAACAUAUGAAGGAUUUUUUUAAAUAACUGCUACUUUUCACAGUGAAGAUGCAUACAAUGAUAUUCUAUUUUGAAAGAAAAAACGAUCAGAUUUGCUGUUCUAUCACAAUUUUUUGUUCCUGCAAUAACUAGGUCCAAAAAAGCUGGACAAUCAAACAGGAAGAACCAAUCAAGAGCUACCACUUCAAAAUAAAACUGAUCUCAACCGAAAAUUCCUCUUACCAUUCCCAAUAUAAUCCUGAUGUAAAAGGGCAUUGACUGUAGAGUGGUUAGAAUUUUCAGCAAAAGAGAGUAAAAAAGAGAGACAAGACAGAAGAAUUGACCUUGUGACAUUCCAAUCUAAAAAGACGAGCAUUGUUUCUCCCAUUACCAUUUGCACAAUCUAGUCCCUGGAUGUCCUGAACCAUUCCAGGCUAUGUUAUGAAGGAACCCAGAGAGCAAUAACUUUUACACUGCCUUUCUGAUCAUGAUGAUCUCCUUUUCCAUUUUCUGUUGUUUUGAACAGGGUAGCAAUUUUAAGACAAAUGCACUAUACUUGAUUCCUAUUUCUACAAAUGGUUGGAAAUUCCACCACAGACUGGACAACGAGACAAUAUAUGAUCUGUGGUUAUGGUAUACACAGAGCACUGGUUGCCAGGUUUGAACAAAAGUAUGUGACAAUUCAUCCAGAAAAAUGUGAUAGACAAUCACUUGUGUUGCUUUGUUAGCUGUUUCAUAUUUAUAAGCACUUACAAAAUGUUUCUUGUUUUGAAUUGAUCUGCCUUAAUGUUAUGUUCAUGACAUUUUGGUCACUGUGUAACAUCAACCUACCAAAAUUCACCAUUUAAUUAUUUGAGGUAGGACACAGAAGGCUUGGCUUUGUGCAGUGCUACAUCCUGCCACUAGAUGCUCCAUAUGCAUUAGUUUUUAUCAGGGUUUCCUAUUGGGGUGGCAUAUCACCUUUUAAAACUGGACACUCAGAAAAUGACCACAUUAAUGAAAACAAGAACAUGCAAAUGCAUGUCUAGUAUUAGUCGUUUUGGCACUAUUUUUGGGACAGCACUUAAUUGAAUACUGUGUGUGCACAAGAAGUGAUUUGUAUGGCAUUCCCUUGUAUUUGAAUACAAAUGUUCCUUACACAGUGGCCAAAUGUUGACCUUGCCUAGUUGCUCGUCAAAUUAGUGCUCAGCGCUUACAGUACAUCAGAUUUAAGUGAACGUUUGGAUCCAACCCAGAUGAGUGGCCGGUGACUGUGUAAGACAAUCACUUGCUCAUUAAGACUUGAUGCACUACAUAGCAUCUCUCAGGGAGCAGCUCUUUUUCUGACUUUGCAUUAGAAGAGGGUUUCAUAUUUUUGCAAAUUUACAAAAAUGUAAUUAUAAUAGCAUUACUUUUUGAGAUAAAACGCAGCAUAGGCUGGUAAUGGAAUCUGCCCAGACAAGGCUUUGAUCAGUGUGUGUAUGUGUUUACAGAGCAUGAAUUCACUGUCCAAUUGUCGUUAGUAUCCAGACUAUAUGAUAAGCAUUGUUAGAGAUAUGUUUGCUCUACAUCGGUGUGCGCUUGUCAUCACCUGUGUACACUUACGUUUACUGCUUAUUUUGCUGCUUUUGGGAUAGUGUGUGAAGUUCAUUAGCAAACUUUGAAUCAAGCACCGUCGCAACAUCGCUGGACAGUGAAUUCCGACUCUGACUAUAAAGUUUUUGUGUGUGAUGUUCUCCUUUUCCCUUGUUAGACUGUGAAUCACAGGGGUGGGAUGGGGUUGUGAGAGAGGAUGUGCUGGCAAGAACGAGUGGUAACGCAACACUGUAAGUAAGAUACUGUAGCAAUAAGAACUGGAGGCAUUUACUACUGUCAUGUUUGCAUUGUAAGAUUAUUUUUUAUUUUAUUACUAUUUACUAUUAUUAUUGUUCUUAUUAUGUCUACUAUUCUUCUAUUACUAUUAGCCUAUUGUUGUUCUGUUCUAUUUGCAUGACGUUUCAUUGCAAUGAAACAUUUGGGGCAUAUUUGUGUUUUCUCUUCUCAUGAUAUUGUGGGGUUCUGGGCGGGAUCAUUGGCAGGGUGGGUUUAGGACCAGAUCACCAAUCGAGUCAAGUCAUUUUCCAACAAUCUGAAGGACUUUUAAAUAAAAUGUUCUUAUUUAUAUACAACCAAUUUAAAAAGAUACUGUUGAAAUGGAUGAUUUUUUUUUCUUUAAACCUCUGAAUGUGUGAGUUGCCAUCACCAGUCAGUGAACGGCCCUUUCUAUGCUGGCCUUAUUGAACCGGAUCUGAGACCCUUACCCUGCAGACGGAGGGAAUGAUGUGGGAACGGUAAACUUUUCUGAAUGUUAUGGAGUAGUUGGUUCAGUGUUCAGACUGAACGCAAUACGCCUUUACCACUCCAUCAACACAGACAGACACAUUGCAACGCGCACAAUAAAAGUGACAUUCCAAGCGGUGGCUCAGACAAACUGCGCAGACAUUGUAAUACAUUGUUUUGAAAUACAUUUUCUUUACACUUUGUCAAACACACUCCACCUACAAGCCCUCUGACUUUUUUUGAAAAGAACCUGAGUGAGUGUGUGUGAGAGAGACAGAGAUACUGUGAGACUGAGAUGAUGUUUUCUCGACCAAUGCUUUGUAAGCUUUCUCCAUGCAUUACAGACGCGUGCAAUUGAAGUAGUGUUGAAAAUUGUUAAUUUAUUGUUUAGAAUGUCUUUGCGUUCAAGCAAGAGCAAAUAAAACAAAAUGUAGCACUGUAACCAAUGCCUAAAUAAGGUGAUUGAGCUUACAGAACCUCUUUUACACACGACUAAUGAAACAAAACUCAAAAAAAGUAUAUACAAAAAAAGGACAUUUUUUUUCUGUUGUUUUCAAAGUGCCAUAGCUAGUGAGAGGAGGAAUGAUUGGAAGACUGGGCUGUAGAUGCUUUACUGUCCGAGCUUACUUGAGAAACCAAUCGUUCAAAGGGGAAACUCCAAGGAAAAUGUGCAUUUGAUUACACUGGUAAACAGUUUUUACAUUUUAUGCUUUCUUCAUUUGGUAAUGGAGGACUCUGCAGGACUCUGAGCUCUGACUCUAUCAAUCCAGGAGCUCCUGUGUGCGGUUUCAUUUUCACAUCAGAAUGAUAGUAUGUGUGUGCGCGCCUGUGUGUGUGCAUGUAUAAAUUUGCAUUUAAUUGAGUCACAGACACCCACAUGUCAUGGAUAAGAAUGGGUAAAAGUUCAGAGCUAUGCAGGGCCCUUUACUGAGUCCUCCUUUGAUAUGUGUACAUAUAAUGUGAAGGUCUGAAGUGAUUUUUGUUAAAUUCUAUAUUUUAUCGCUUUUGUAGACAUUUUGUUGUGGGAAGAAAAAAAAUACAAUAAAUUUUAUGGGUGCA